AUGACUUCUCCUCCGAUUCAAAAAGACAUUAUUACUUGUUGUGCAAAAGAAACCACUAAAUGCAUAAUAGAAGAGCUUGGUGAUGAUUAUUUUGCUAUAUUGGCCGAUGAAUCAAGUGAUGUGUCUCAAAAAGAACAACUUGCUCUUCUUUUGCGUUUUGUUCAUUGUGAUAGUAGUAAGAUUAUGGAGAGAUUUUCGGGUAUUGUUCAUGUUAGCAAUACUACCGCUUUGUCUCUUCAAAAUGCCAUUGUGUCUUUACUUGUGGAGCAUUCAUCGAGUCCGUCUAUGAUAGGAGGACAAGGUUAUGAUGGUGCUAGAAACAUGAGAGGUGAAAUACUUGCAAACUUGUUAAAUGUGAUUGGGGUUUCUUGUAAAAGAAGGGACAUGCUUCGACAAAGCCAAGCUCAACAAGUGGCUCAAGCAUUAGAGGUCGGGGAAAUUGAUAGUGGAAUGGGGUUGAAUCAAGAACUUGGUUUGAAAAGGCCCGGAGAUACGCGUUGGGGGUCUCAUUUCAAGUGUCUUUUAAAUAUCAUCAACUUGUUUCCUUCUAUUGUUGAGCAACACACAAAUGAUUUGUGUGUUGCUUUGCAAAGAAAGGAGCAAGAUAUUGUGAAUGCCAUGGGACUUGUUGAUUCCACAAAAAAUGUGUUGCGAAAAAUGAGGGAACAAGGAUGGGAGACACUCUUACACGUACAAAAUUACUUCAUUUUCAACUAA